AGAGGGUGAGAAAAAGGGGAAGGGGAGGUGGAAGGUACCUCGACUUUGACGUCCACUCGCUGGCCAGCCAGGACCUUGGCCCAACUCACCGAGAUGAUGGAGGGCACCAAGAAGGCCAGCAAAAAGCUCAAGUUCUUCAAGUUCAAGGGCCUGGGGAGUCUUUCAAACCUCCCCCGCUCCUUCACUCUAAGAAGGUCCCUGACCCCCAGCAGCCUCCGGGCCCAGCUGAAGCCAGACACGUUUGAGGCCACACAGGACGACAUGGUAACAGUUCCCAAGAGCCCGCCGGCUUAUGCACGCUCCAGUGACAUGUACAGCCACAUGGGCACCAUGCCUCGGCUCAGCACCAAGAAAGCUCAGGACCGACAGGCAUCCCACCAGCCUCAGGGGUCCCCAGAGGUGGGCCCUGAGCCUCACCCGGUACCCCAAGGCCUGCCCGAGCCCCCGGGCACGGGGGCAGCGGAGGAAGUGGUGGCAGCCAAGGCUCCAGGCAUGGACACAGCAGCCGCCUCCAAACCAGAUCCUUCUGCCCUGGAUGUGGAACCUGCACCAACGCCUGAGGCCCUCACGCAGGACACAGAGGAAGAGGGAGCUCCUCCGGCUGAGCAUCCAGACGGGGCUGCAGGAGAGCCUGAGGCUGCCGGGGACUAUGUGAAGUUCUCCAAGGAAAAGUACAUCCUUGACUCCUCGCCGGAGAAGCUGCACAAGGAGCUGGAGGAGGAGCUCAAACUCAGCAGUACCGACCUCCGCAGCCAUGCCUGGUACCACGGUCGCAUCCCCCGAGAGGUCUCAGAGACCCUGGUGCAGCGCAAUGGAGACUUCCUCAUCCGGGACUCGCUCACCAGCCUGGGCGACUACGUGCUCACGUGCCGCUGGCGCAACCAGGCCUUGCACUUCAAGAUCAACAAGGUGGUGGUGAAGGCGGGUGAGAGCUACACCCACAUCCAGUACCUAUUCGAGCAGGAAAGCUUUGACCACGUGCCUGCCCUGGUGCGCUACCAUGUGGGCAGCCGUAAGGCCGUGUCUGAGCAGAGCGGCGCCAUCAUCUACUGCCCAGUCAACCGCACCUUCCCGCUGCGCUACCUCGAGGCCAGCUACGGCCUGAGCCAGGCAGGAAGCAAGGCUGCCAGCCCCGCCAGCCCCUCUGGCCCCAAAAGCAGCCACAUGAAGCGGCGCAGUGUCACCAUGACUGAUGUCACCGACAAAGUCACCCGUGCUGAUGCCUGCCCCACCAGCACGUCCCUGCCCCACCCUCGGGACUCCAUCCGCAACUGCACGCUCAGCAUGGACCAGAUCGCAGACCUGCAUUCGCCUGUGACCCCCAUCUCCGAAAGUCCCGGCUCCCCUGCCUACAGCACAGUUACCCGCAUCCACACCACCCCUGCAGCCCCCUCCGCCACAGCCCUGCCUGCCUCGCCUGUCGCCCGGCGCUCCAGCGAGCCCCAGCUGUCCUCUGGAAGCACCCCAAAACACCGUGGGGACUCGGACAAGAGCUGUCAUGCCAGCCCCUCCCACAGCCUCUGCAAGCCUUCGCCAUCCCCAUCGCCAUCCCUCAGCAGCUAUAGCGACCCAGACUCUGGCCACUACUGCCAGCUCCAGCCCCCUGUCCACGGCAGCAGGGAGUGGGCAGAGCUGGAGGCCUCCAGCAGGCAGGCCAGGAGCUACGGGGAGCGGCUGAAGGAACUGUCAGGACGCGGGGUGCCUGAGGGGGACUGGGGCAAGGCCUUUAGCGUGCCUGUCGUGGAAGCCAUGUCCUCCUUCAGCCCAGCCACCUUCCAGUCCCUGCUGAUCCCCAAGGACAACAGGCCCCUGGAGGUGGGCCUUCUGCGCAAGGUCAAGCAGCUGUUGGCCGAGGUGGAUGCCCGGACGCUGGCCCGGCACGUCACCCAGGUGGACUGCCUGGUUGCUAGGAUACUGGGCGUUACCAAGGAGAUGCAGACCCUAAUGGGAGUACGCUGGGGCUUGGAGCUGCUCACCCUUCCCCACGGCCGGCAGCUACGACUCGACUUGCUGGAAAGGUUCCACACCAUGUCCAUCAUGCUGGCCGUGGACAUCCUGGGCUGCACGGGCUCCGCCGAGGAGCGCGCCGCGCUGCUUCACAAGACCAUCCAACUGGCGGCCGAGCUGCGGGGCACCAUGGGCAACAUGUUCAGCUUCGCUGCUGUCAUGGGCGCCCUGGAAAUGUCGCAGAUUUCCCGGCUGGAGCAGACGUGGGUGACCUUGCGCCAGCGGCACACGGAGGGCGCCAUCCUGUACGAGAAGAAGCUCAAGCCCUUCCUCAGGAGCCUCAACGAAGGCAAAGAAGGUCCUCCGCUGAGCAACACCACGUUCCCGCACGUGCUGCCGCUCAUCACGCUGCUCGAGUGCGACGCGGCGCCGGCCGAGGGCCCCGAGCCCUGGGGCAGCACGGAGCACGGCGUGGAGGUGGUGCUGGCGCACCUGGAGGCGGCGCGCACCGUGGCGCAGCACGGCGGGCUGUACCACACCAACGCCGAGGUCAAGCUGCAGGGGUUCCAGGCGCGGCCCGAGCUCCUGGAGGUGUUCAGCACCGAGUUCCAGAUGCGCCUGCUCUGGGGCAGCCAGGGCGUCUGCCACAGCCAGGCUCGACGCUACCAGAAGUUCGACAAGGUGCUCACCGCCCUGUCACACAAACUGGAGCCCGCCGUGCGUGCCAGCGAGCUGUGACCGCAGGGUCCUAGCCCCUCUGCGGCUGCGGGCGGGGGCAGAGGGGCUCCGACCUGCCCCGAGGACCCCAGGGACACUGUGAUCUGCCCAAGAAUGUUCCGGGU